AUGGCCAAACAAGGAUGGCUAAAGUACAGGCAGAAAGGAGGGUUAGUUGGUCGUAUUGCUGGUUUUCGUGAGCAUCGCUUGUGGUUUGUUUUGUACGAGAAUUGCACCAUCAGCGGGUAUAAAGAUGAAAAUACGGGAACUGCGAAACCGGACGUAGUUUUUGACCUGAGACACUCAGCAGUGACUAUUAACCAAGAGGAGAACUAUCAAUUUGAACUGAUUAGUGACAAACACAAUGUGGUAAUGCUGGCAGAAGAUUAUGAUGAUGUCAAAGAUUGGGUGUCAGCAAUUCAAACCACACGAAGUAUCGCACAUGGGGUUUCCCCCGCUCCUAAGAAAACUCAACGCAAGACUUCAAAUACAGACUCAAUUUCAAUAGAAAGUGGAUCGUAUAAAAUGUCUAUGCCACCAAGUCCUUUAGAUUCAAAUUCGAACGGUCAUGGGGAUGAAUAUGAAUGGGACAACCCGAUCACACCCGCUGAUCCUUCCCCUGUUUCCUUAACGAGUAAUAUGGAUGAACAAGGAGCAUUAUUCCAAUUAUCUAAGGAGUUAUCUGAAGCAAAAGCAGAACUUACCAAAUGUCGCGACCGUAUCACAAGUUACCAGGAAGUUCUCGCGUCCAGAGAUCAACAAUUAUUCGAAAUUCAAGACCAGAUUAACAACCAAGAAACAAACGAAAAAAGUCGGGCGGUUACUUCUGAAGGUUACCAUAACAUGGAGGAGCAAGCUAGAUCCUACCGUGAGCAAAACUGUCUGCUUAAUGAAGAAGUUUUAAAGCUGCAUCAAAUGUGUCAGAAGUACAAAGACCAAGCUCAUCAGCAAAGAAGAAAAGCUGAUAAAUUGGCGAUUGAACUGCGUAGAACGCAGCGUGAUUAUGUCAGUGUUAUGGGCCAUUGUGUCUAUCACCCACUAGUGGAUGUAGAGGAAGACGUGAGGUUCAUGGUAUCCGAACCCAAUCGACACGUCGCUAAUUUGAAAAAUCUUUCGAAAACUAUGAAAUCAGAAAACGAUCGGAUUCUGGGCUGUAGCAUUCCCACUUUAGGUAAAACUGAGCACACAGACAUGUUUGGCUUUAUCCACAACUUACCAAACGAAGUGUUACAAAUUGAGUAUUUGUGUAGCCAUCUUACUGAAGCAUAUGAUGCACUUCUUGAUGCAUCUGAAGAAAAUCAAAAAUUAGUCAAAAAAUGGAAAUCUUUUAUGCAUGAGCAUUCAGAAAAGUUUGAAGUGACGCCCCAGCUGCAGAAGUUGAUAUUACAAUGCAUGCCUGCUCACUACCGCUCAUAUAUAUGGCAGAAGUUCAUUCAUUAUUAUGUGCUUGAGAUAAAACAAGGGAGGGGGGAUAGCUACUAUGAAGAACUUCUUAAACACCAGGAAAUAUAUAAACUGGACCGGGAUUUCUCAAAAAGUUUUAAACAAAUAAUGAUGGAUGUCCCACGUACUAUGCCUGGUAAUCGGGACUUCACCACACAAGAUUCACCUCUUCGUGAUCGUCUUACUAGAGUCCUCACUGCAUUUUGCAUCCAUGCCCCGAAGAUCGGAUACUGUCAGGGGUUUAACUUUCUCGCAGGAGCGUCUCUCCUCUUCCUUGAGGAAGUUGAUGCAUUCUGGUUCAUUAUUGCUGUAAUUGAAGUGAUUUUUCCCGAGGAUUAUUAUCGCAAUGGUUUGGCUGGUUUGCUGGCAGAUCAAUACGUUCUACAGAAAAUCAUCCCACUUGAAAUACCAAAGUUAAACGACCAUCUAACCAAGUACCCAGAAGUUGAUAUUGCAGCCGUGACUACAGGAUGGUUUCUCGGACUUUUCUUUGACUGUUUGCCAUUCAAGACUCUUAUUCGUGUAUGGGAUUGUUUCCUUGCAUUUGGCCAUGAAGCAGUGUUCCGCGUAUCUUGUGCCAUACUUAAGCAGUUUGAAGACCGUCUGCUCGAGUUACAUGAACCUUCUCAUCUAUUGCAUGCAAUUAAGAACAUACCAAAGCUAUGUACACACCCAGAACAACUAAUCAAGGAAGCGUUCGAAGGCCUCCACCAUUUCCCAUCAUGGAGUGAGAUCAAGGAGCAAAGAGCAAAAUUGGAAGUUGAGUUGAUUGAAGAGCAUGAGAAGAAGAUGCAGCAACGAAGACAUUAUGAUGAAAGGAUGAUGAUGCUUGAUCAUUUUGAAGAUAGCAACAUCCUCCCUCGUAACGAGGAUAAAUGGAACUUUGAAUGUGCAACAUCAACACCUAGUGGAUUCAUCUUGCUAUCAGCGAGCAACAGAAUGACGCAAAAUUCACGACUUUACAUCUCAGAUUGCACGAAAGAUGCUGCGGAACUACUUGCAUUGCCUGUGAGUUGA